CUCCUGCCAUCUUUAGAUCAUUAAAUCAUUAGAGAAAUAAUACAUAGCUAGCAAACUUUGUGUACAUGGAUAAACCUUCUGUCUUAGCACUUUUAGCUGUUCAUGUUCUAGUCAUAUCUCUAAAGGUGGUGCAUGGUGCUACAAUAUCUCUAUGUACCCAAACCACAUAUCCAGAACUCUGCAAUUCCUUCAUCAAAAAUAAACCUCAAGCAAGCUUAGAUGAAACCAUUUUCAGUAUGCGUGACACUGCCCUAAGGGCCACCAUGGAUAACGCUGUACAAGCUCACAAGCUCGUAUCAGUCAUGGACGUGAGCUUGUUCAACGAGCAAGGCAAGUCAGCUUGGGCUGAUUGUUUGGAGCUUUAUGAGGACACCAUUGACAAGCUCAACAGUUCUAUCACCUCUAUCAAUAAUCGAACCACCAUGGCUGAUUCUCAAACUUGGUUAAGUGCUGCAAUUGCCAAUGAACAAACAUGUCGAAACGGGUUUAUUGAUUUUGACUUGUGUUCUUAUUUGCAGUCCUUUCCCAUCAUGCUAAGUGACUUCAACAUGUUCCUUAGCAAUUCACUUGCACUCAAUAAGGCCAUGGCUUCACGAUCAACUGCAAUUUCUACUGCUGACCGGAAGCUUCUUCAAGGGGCCGGAGCAUCGAUUAAUGCCGACGUUGUGGUGUCACAAGAUGGUUCAGGUGAUUACAAGACCAUAUCCGAAGCUGUGGCUGCAUCAAGGAGUGGAAGUAAGAGAUUUGUUAUAUAUGUCAAAAAGGGAGUCUACAAGGAAAAUGUUGAGAUUAAGAAAACAAUGAAAAAUUUGAUGUUUAUUGGAGAUGGGAUUGGUGCUACCAUUGUUACUGGCAAUAAGUAUAACAAUCUUCAAGAUGGCACCAGCACUUUUCGCUCUGCAACUUUUGCUGUUUCCGGCAAUGGCUUCAUCGCCCGGGACAUGACGUUCAAAAACACGGCCGGACCUCAGAAACACCAAGCAGUUGCUCUUCGCUCCAGUUCGGAUUUCUCGAUUUUCUACAGCUGCAGGUUCAUAGGCUACCAAGACACCUUAUAUGUCCAUUCCCAACGCCAAUUCUAUCGCAACUGUGACAUCUGUGGCACUGAAGACUUCAUUUGUGGCGAUGCUGUCAUGGUUCUUCAAAACUGUAACAUAUACGUAAGAAGGCCAAUGAGUAAUCAGAAGAACACAGUCACAGCUCAAGCAAGAAGUGAUCCCAAUGAGAACACAGGGAUUGUUAUACAUAAUUCAGUUGUUACCGCGGCCUCGGAUUUGAAACCAGAGCAGGAAUCGUUUAAAACCUAUCUUGGCCGGCCAUGGGGGCAGUACUCCAGGACUGUGAUCAUGAAGACUUCUCUGGACAGCUUGAUUGACCCUGAAGGGUGGUGUCCAUGGGACGGCGACUUUGCUUUGAAAACUCUAUACUAUGGUGAGUACAUGAAUACAGGACUUGGAGCGAUGACAAGUGCUAGGGUUAAGUGGCCGGGAUAUAACAUUAUAACAAGUGGGACAGAGGCCGAAAAAUUCUCUGUUGGGAGUUUCUUGGCCGGAGAUGCAUGGAUUCCGGCCACCGAAGUGCCAUUCACUUCUGGCCUGUGAUAUGAAG